AUGUGGUGUGUGUGUGUGUGUGUGUGCGCAUUACCAGGUGGAAGGUCGGGGGCAGGUGCGGGAGGGUCACGCGGUCACUUGACGAGGCUGGAGAGCGAGCGGCACCUCAGUGUCGGAGUGCGUGAGGGCGCGGCACAGGCGCGCGCGCCGCGACCGCCGCCGCGACCCGCCUGUGUGCACGUGCCGUUGUUGGUGGGGGCGGACCGGGGCCGCUGGACGUUUGCACACGCGACGAGCGCUAGGAGGGCCUUGCUCUCGCGCGCGCAGGGCGGGCGGGCGGUCGCGGGGGCGGGGGCCGGGGGAGGGGCGGGCGGCGUACUUGCGCGGGGGCGGGCGUCCAGCGAGGCGGCGGGCUGCAGGAACCACUCGGAGCGGGUCCGCAUGCGCGCCCGCUGCCGCUCGUGCACCUACGCACCCGCCCUGUUACCCACACCGCUCACCGUACCCUCGUACGUGCGCACGGUGGACGCUCGCACGGUA